GAGCUUCCCGGCCCGAGACGUCUGGCUCGACCCGGCCGCUCACGUUGCGUUUUGGGAGCGCCGGGUGACGAUGGACGCGUUUUCCAGUUUACCGACGGAUGUGAAGAUGCAGCUGGGUGAAUCGGCCCCAUGGGUCUUAGGAACCAGCGGCCGGGCCAACCGGGCAACGGUUCCGGCCAAUGUGGGCCGACCGACAGGCACCGGCUCGUGGUCGGUGCCCGUUUCGCUGACGGCGCCCGUGGCGCCAGUGGUCGCGGCGCCCGUCACGCUGCCCACGCUGUCGACGGAACGCACAGGCGACUCCCUCGGCAGUACCACCAACCUGGUCUAUUCGACCUCCAGCCCAAUGGCCUCGCAGAUGGCACCGAGCAGCCAAGCUUUCACCUACACCAGCGCUAGUCCGGUCUACAGCCCUUCGGCGCCGGUGGUCCGAGGUGAGAUCUACAGCAGCCCUCAAAAUUCCCGUCCAGGCACGGCGGAGGUCUCGAGGUCUUUGCCGAUGGAGCCUUUGUCUGCGUUUCUGGCCUCGCCCCAGAGCUCACCGCCCUUGCCCACGCUGUCGGCCUUGCAGCCCACUGUGACGCCCAUGGAGGCGGUCUUUUCUCCGGUGCGUGGCAGCGGACUGGCUGAGGCGGCGGUGUUCUCCCCCGUGCGCAGCAGUCGGCUGGUCGAGUCCACCUCCCAGCUGUCUCCGAUGGCCUUGAGUCCUUCAAGGAGCCCAGCUCAGGUCUCCACGGUCAUCAGGACCGAGGUCACCUCGCCCACGGUGAUCACUACGAUGCCGCCGAGGUCAGUGGUGAGGACCGCCUCGUCGCCAUCGCCCAAGAUCAGGAAAGAAGUGCCAUCGCCCAAAAUCAUCACGAGGCAAAUGAAUGAGGUGCCAAGCAUUCUCAAGUCGGAGGUCAAGGUGGCCACCAUGAGGCUGCCUGGAGUCAGCCCAUCAGAAGCUUUGCAGAGGCCAGUGACUGGCAGCACCAACGGCGGCGCGGACGCCGUGCUGGUGGAUGGCUUCUGGGAGCGCUGCGACGAAGGCGGAUCCCACCGUAAAGGUUUGUCGCGGCGGCUCAGCAGCAGCAUGCAGGACGUGGUGAACCAGCGUGAGAGCUACCGAGCCACCAAGGCAUCGAGGCCGGCCAGCUGCUUCGAAGGGCUCUUCAAGCAUCAAGAUCCAGUCAAGAAGGUCGACGUGCUGUUGGUCGGAGGCGGUAUCAUGAGUGCGACGCUGGCGCUGUUGCUGAAACAGCUGGAGCCCGACUGGAAGAUCGUGAUGAUCGAGCGCUUGGCAGAGGUGGCACAGGAGAGCUCCAAUGGCUGGAACAACGCGGGCACCGGCCACUCCGCGCUGUGUGAGCCGAAUUACACACCCGAGGCGGGGAAGACCGUGGAUAUCCACAAGGCGGUGACAGUCAACGAGAACUUCCAGCUGAGCCGGCAGUAUUGGGCGCAUCUCGCAGAGAAGGGCCUGGUGAGUCCGUCGAAGUUCAUCAGUCAGACUCCCCACAUGACUUUCGCCCACGGGGAGGAGCAGAUCGCAUGGCUCAAGAAGCGUUUUGAGGCGCUGAAAGGGCACCCUCUGUUCCAAGGCAUGGAGUACACCGAAGAUCCCGAGAAGAUGAAGUCCUGGGCUCCUUUGAUGAUGGAAGGCCGUGAUGACAAAGAAAGGUGCGCCUUCACCCGGGUGCCCGAUGGCACGGACGUGGACUUCGGAGAGCUGACGAAGGAGCUGACGAAAGCCUUCAUCUCCCUGGGCGGCGACGUCCAGCUGAUGACCACGGUGUGUGACUUUGCAAAGGAUCAGAGUGGCCUCUAUGACGAGACCUGGAUCGUCACCACCAGGAAAUCCCAGGGCCUCAGCCGGAAGCCCACGCAAUACCGGGCGCGCUUCGUCUUCAUCGGCGCGGGUGGCUAUGCCUUGCCCUUGCUGCAGAAGACGAAGAUCCCGGACGUCCGAGGCUUCAUGGGUUUCCCG